GGCACUCGUCUGAGCUGAACCACUCGCCCCCUCCAGCUGAGAGCCAAGUGUUUCCCCCUCUUCCUUUCCUUCCUGCCUCCAGUGAGGAUGGUCCCUCCUCUGCCCCCAGCUGCCCACCCCCUCUGCCCCAGAAGAAGACAGUGAGCAGAACGGUGUCUUCCCCAGACGGCUUUUUUGGGGGACAGGUGUCUUCAGGCAGAGCAGCCAGUGCUGCCAGCACCGGGCUGAAUGUCAGCCACUCCGAGAGCAAUGUCUGCCUCCGAGAGGAGACUGCCUUUGUCCACCCGGCCAGCCUCGGGGGCCGCCCCGGCGCCUUCUCCUCCUCCGAGUCCCUGGAGAAAGGCUCCAGAGGAAACAGCUACUGGGGCUCUGCCACUGGUAAGAGCACAGGGGCUUGCAUCCCCAGCAGAAACCUCCAGUCCCUUUCCUCCUCGCAGCUCAGUGUGUCCAGCCAGGUGUCAUCGGGCUCCAGCCUCCAGCUCCACAACCUCCUGAGCAACAUUGACAGCAAGGAGGGGGUGUACGCCAAGCUGGGGGCCCUCUACGCCGAGUCGUUGCGCCGCCUGGUUGCCAAAUGUGAGGACUGCUUCAUGCGGGAGCAGAAGAAUGAGCUGCACUUCAGCGAGAACAACUGGUCGCUCUUCAAGCUGGCGUGCAACAAGCCCUGUUGCGAUUCGGGGGAUGCGAUAUAUUACUGUGCCACCUGCUCCAAGGACCCUUCUACCACCUAUGCUGUGAAGAUUUGUAAAACGCAGGAGUCCAAGGUGGCUGCUUCAUACUGCAGCCCUGCAGUGCCAGUCCACUUCAACAUCCAGCAGGACUGUGGGCAUUUUGUGGCCUCUGUCCCCUCCAGCAUGCUGCUGGCCUCAGAUGUGGGGAAAAGCAUGCCUGGGGAUGGCCUCCAUCCCUCCCGCACCGCUAGCGAGCACGACUGUGUGGUGGUCAUCACCCGGGAGGUGCCGAGUCAGACCACUGCUGACUUCGUGAGGGACUCAGUGAUGUUGCACCAAGCCAAGCCCGAGCUGUACGAACGUCGCGUUUGCUUCUUGCUCCUCCAGCUCUGCAAUGGCCUGGAGCAUCUCAAAGAACACGGCAUCAUCCAUCGUGACCUGUGCCUGGAGAACCUCCUGCUUGUCCCCUGCAAGCCCCCCAUGAGCUGUAUGAAAGCCAAAGAUGACAAACACUUACCCCGCCUCAUCAUCAGCAAUUUUUUGAAAGCCAAACAGAAGCCAGGAACUGGAGACUCCAAACUGAAGAAGAGUCAGGCCCGACUGGCCCCGGAGAUUGUGUCGGCUUCUCAGUACAAGAAGUUUGACGAGUUUCAGACUGGUAUUCUCAUCUACGAGCUGCUGCACCAGCCCAACCCCUUUGAGGAGAAGGUGCACCUCAGGGAGCAGGAGUACAGCCCUGAGGACCUCCCUGCUCUGCCCAGCCUGUCCAUCUACUCCCGCGGGCUUCAGCAGCUGGCCCACCUGCUACUGGAAGCAGAUCCCAUCAAGCGUGUGCGGAUCACCGAGGCCAAGCGCAUGCUGCAGUGUCUGCUUUGGGGGCCCCGGAAAGACCUCACUGAGCAGCCCCUCAGCCACGAGGAAGCUCUCCGCCGGGUGCUUCAGAACUGGGUGGAUAUGAAGCGUGCCCUGCUCAUGAUGAAGUUUGCAGAGAGGGCUGUGGACACGGAGCGGAGCAUUGAACUGGAGGACUGGCUGUGCUGUCAGUACUUAGCAUCUGCUGAGCCAGCCUCCCUCUCACACACAUUAAAACUGCUGCAGCUGCUCUGACCUUGGAUGUAUCUCGGAGGCAGCUGAGGGGUCCCGGUUGCCUUGCAGCUACAGGCACGCAGCCCCUUUACACGAGAGAGGCUUGAAUCUCAGUUGCAAAUGCACGUUCAGCUCCCGCCCCACACUCCAAUCGGAGUGCACAAGACAGGUUUAGCACCCUCAGCACUGUCAAUUUGUGCGCAGGCAAAACUGGGAACCUACCCCUAUUUUGGGGGAUUUUUUUUUUAAUUUUUUUUUUUUUUGGUAUGGUAAAGUCUGUGGACUAAUAAACUCCUGCCUGCGUGUGUGCAUGUUUCU